AUGCCAUAUGAUACGCCAAUUCCUGGCUAUCAAAACAAUAUUGUAAAUACGUUACGUUUGUGGUCCGCCAAAGCUGAGAACCACUUCAAUCUUACUUUCUUCAACGAUGGGGAUUAUAUUCAGGCAGUGCUCGACCGUAAUCUCGCCGAGAACAUCACCCGUGUUUUAUAUCCAAACGAUAACAUGUUCGAAGGUCGUGAAUUACGUCUCAAGCAAGAGUAUUUUCUGGUGGCGGCUACCUUACAGGACAUCAUUCGUCGUUUUCAGUCGUCAAAGUAUGGCACCCGUUCCGCCAUCCGUAGCACUUUUGACUCUUUUGCUGACAAAGUGGCCAUACAAUUAAACGAUACUCAUCCGUCAAUGGCUAUCCCAGAGUUGAUGCGGAUAUUCGUGGAUAUUGAAAAUCUUAAAUGGGACAAGGCUUGGAGCAUCUGCCAAAAAACCUUUGCCUAUACUAACCACACGGUAUUGCCGGAGGCUCUUGAACGUUGGCCAGUCAGUUUGCUGGAGCAUAUGCUGCCUCGACAUUUGGAAAUUAUCUAUGAAAUUAAUCAACGAUUUUUGGACGUAAGCAAAUCUUUUUACAGUCAGUGGUUAGAAUCUGUUCUGCAUUCUAAUGUUAAGCAUCUUCAAAGGUUUGUAGCCUAACA